AUGUUUAUAAAAAUUAGAUCUGAUAAGUCGCAGUUGGCAUACAAAAGCUGCUGCAUUCUCUCAUUACAGAUGUGGGACCAAAUAGGGUGGGUUUGCUCUGAGGAAAUGCAAGCAAACAGUAACAAUUUCAAACAGAAUUGUGAUGACAGAAGGAAACGCAAUAACUACACCAACACACUUAAAGAAUUGGCUCAGAUGUUACCCAUACCAAUGCAGACCAGUUGUAAGAGGUUGACAAAGAAAGAAAUCCUGCUCCGAGUCCUUCGUUACAUUGAACAUCUGCAGACAAGCAUCGAUAGAGCCAGGUCACUGCUCCAAGGUCGUGGCAGGGAGCAAAAAGCAGUUGGAUCUCAGCAAGUGGUGACACCUGCCUUGAAGAGAGAGCGCAGAGAAGUCACACCACGGGCAAAAAAUCCCAAACCCCUGGGCGUCUACAAGAAACCCAGAAAGAGGAGACGGACCCGCAAAUCAGGCUGGAAUUUUGAUGGCGACCAGGAAUGUAGGGAUGAGAAUACAUUUUCUGUGUAUUCAGCACAAAUGGCUUACAAUAAACUGCAUCAAUAUAGUGGGGGCCCUGGACACACAUUGGUGAGGCAGGAGCUGGUGCACUAUUAUUCCUCUUGUGAGGAAGAGGAGGAAGAAGAACCCCAAGCCAGUCCCUGGCUCUCCAUCCAGUCCCCUUUGCAGGUCUCCACUAUGGGAAAUAUGCAGCUAUGUUCCCCUGGGAUUGGAACCCGAAGCCACAGCUGUUCUGAUUUGGGGCUGAGCCCUUCGCUUUUCUCUUCUCCUGCUCGGCUACUCCCCCCACAUAUUCUCCAAGGUGUUCAAGAGGAACAUUCUCCAGUAUUAUUCGAAGAUGUGUAUUUGUCUCCUCAGUCCAGCAGUUUUUCUCAUAAUCCUGCUGGAACACUUUUGAGAAAGUCAGCAUUCACGCUGGAUCACUGUUACCUUUCCUACAAUGAAGCAGGUAAAACCGAAUCCAGCCCCAUGUCAAGAGUGAAUGAAAUAAUAUCCUCGUGGAGCGAACAAUUUCAGGAGGCCCCCCCAGUGAGACCCGAAGGCCCCGCAUCCCCCAGUGAGGAGGACAGCGACAGCACCUGGACCCCCUGCCAGAGGGCGAAGGCACCGCAGGGACCCCAGCCGAAGAGGCAGAAGAAGCAGAAGCAGAAGAAGAAGAGGGCGGGCAGGAGAGCCCGGCGCCCACCGGCCAGCGGCGAGAAACGCACCCACGGCUCGUCUCCCCUGCCGCUGAAGAAGAAGUGCGUGAACGGCUUCAUCAUGUUUUGUCGCCUGAACCGCAAGCACUUCAUCCGCACUUGCCCAGGCAUGGCUUCCACUGCAGCUACAAGGGAACUGGCCCAGCUGUGGCGUAUGAUGACAAAGCAGGAGCGGAAGCCAUAUUGCAUGAAAGCUCGCCGAUUCAGCCGCCUCAACAACCGAAUUGUGAGAGACGACUUCUCCAGUGGUGAUGAAGAACCAGAGCCGCCCAAACCCUUCCAUCUGCUGCUUGCUGAGAAAUCCAUUCCCAGCAUCCAGACAGUGGGCAACAUCUCUUUGUUAGGCUGUAUUCCAUGA